UUGGGAAACAACCAUUCGUCCUUCGUGGGACAGGACCACACGACCUUAUUGGGAAAGAACCACUCGUACUUGGUGGGACAGAACCACCCAACCUUGGUGGGACAGGACCACCCGGCCUUAUUGGGAAAGAACCACUCGUACUUGGUGGGACAGAACCACCCAACCUUGGUGGGACAGGACCACACGACCUUGGUGGGACAGGACCACACGACCUUAUUGGGAAAGAACCACUCGCCCUUGGUGGGACAGAACCACUCGUCCUUGGUGGGACAGAACCACCCAACCUUGGUGGGACAGAACCACUCGUCCUUGGUGGGAUAG